ACCCAAGAUCCCAGGCUGAAUACAGUGGGUGAGGUGAGGAUCAAGUCCGGUGCCAAGAUACAAGACCCCAUGCUGAGAAACCCAUGCCUUAGUGCUCAACCAUAAGGAUAGUGCCAGUCAGAGUGUGGUGGGAUGUGAGCUUUUUCAUGAUGUAUGCGGCGUGGGCGUGAAACAGAUUUCAUAAAACUGUGAGUUUUUUAAAGUUUCAGUCUUUGCAGUUUCCAGAAGUGAGAAUAAUCAUGAACUGUUUCUUCUACUGCCAAGUGAUUAUAUUUGCUGCCUACAAAGGAGUUUGGAGUGAGGUCAACUGCAUUGACAUUAAAAUGGUUGAAGUUGCGGCAGGAGAAGAGCUCACUCUGCAACUGGAUAGACCUGGAAUCAAAGAGACCUCUUGGAUCUAUAAAGGGAGACACAUCGCUACAACCAAACCUAACGCAGCCAUCGAGGUGAAAAAUCGGAAGCUUACAACAAGGCUGUCCAGCAAACCUGAUGGAUCAUUAAUUAUGCAGCACCUAAUCAGUGACGAUCAAGGAGUCUAUACAGCAGAUAUGUAUGGAAAAGAGGAGAAGGAUGAUUUCACACAAUGUUAUGAUGUCAGAGUGCACAAAAAAAUUUCAUUGGCCGAUGUUGAGAUCCAUCAAAGUGUCACCAGGAAUGGAACUUGCACUGUUACUCUAAUGUGCACUGUAAAUGUACCAGACGUGACUCCUUUCUGGAUUAACACAAGUGCUGAAGAUUUCGAUGUGACCGGCAAUAUUGUCUUUGUCUAUAAGAGUCAUCCAAAUGCCACCUUCAGCUGUAUGGCACAGAAUGCAGUGAGCAACGUUUCCAGAACUGAAACUCCAUGGAGAUACUGCCAAGAAGUGGAAAGUGAGAUCCAGAGGAUAACAGCUGAAAAGUCAUCCUCCCUUGUCCUUCUUUUAAUUGUUCCUGUUGCCGUUCUAUUGAUUUUGUUUGUAAUCUACUGGAGGAAAAAGAACAUGAAAAGCCCUUGGGGUACAAAAGAAAAAGCAGCUCACGUAACAGAACCAGCAGUGGUAGUGAAUACAGUAAAUACAGUAAAUACAGUUAAUAAUGUGGUCAGAAAAGAGGGAAAUGAGGAGACGACGGAAGAUCGACAUCAAAAUAAGGAUGCUCAAAUAUCAAUUUAUUCUAUAGUUUUACCUAAAGUAUGACUGUCAGCACCCCAAUAGUAGUCACCUACUAUCAACUGUCAGCCCACAAAAGAUCAGUCACCUUCCAUCAGUUCUUGAUACACCAAAGUUACUUACCAUUCACUUUAAGCAAGUAGAUACUUUCCAAUAGCUUCCUGCAUAGCCAACUAAGAUAUCUCUAAUAGGAGUGGCUUACACAGCAUCAUCUACCAGAACAGAAGAGAGCUGUCCUACUGUCAGGUAUCAAGGCGAGUCUGAAGGUAUAAGCCUCCCCCACGCUUCCCACUGAGCCCUGGGAGUUGAUACAGGACGGUCCCA